AUGGAGAGUUUUGGGAUCUACGAAAACUACAUAGACGAACAUCUCAAAUCGACGAAAUGCCUAAUGCGGAUGAUGAAAUACAAUGGAGUUGAUGAAACAGAGGAGGGGCUAGGCAUGGAGGCUCAUACAGAUAGAAAUGUGCUCACCAUAGUUUGCCUGAACGAUGUAGCAGACGGAGGAUUAGAGGUGAAAACCAAAGACGGUAGCCACUGGAUCGAAGCUAACCCUCUCAAGAUUCUUCAUUCCUCGUCAUUGGGGGAAGUACUGCUGAACGGCCGGGUGCAAUCUGCGGUUCACCGUGUGGUUAGAAUGGGGACGGAAACAAGGUACUCGUCUGGACUUUUCUCUAUGCCAAACACCGAGGAUUUGAUAAGUGCACCGGAGGAGAUGGUUGAUCCCGAGUAUCCUCGCCUCUUUAACCCCUUUGAUUUUGAAGCAUACUAUAAGUUCACCUGCGAGGGAUCCGGAAGGAGAGAUCUAUCUGGUCUCAAGACUUAUUGUAGCCUCUUGAAAUAA